AUGGCCGCCAAAGGAACGCAACUGGCGUCGAAAACCAAAGAUGCUACCAACGCGGGCACCCCGAAUCAAACUCUGUACCUCAAGAACCUGAACGAGAAGGUCAACAAGAACGAGCUCAAACGGGCAUUGUAUAUGCUCUUCUCCACCUACGGCCCAGUCCUAGACAUCGUCACGACCCGAGUCGGGACCAAAGGCCAGAACAUGCGCGGCCAGGCACACAUUGUCUACCGCGACAUCCAAACCAGUACUCAAGCGAUGCGUGCGCUGCAAGGGUUCGAUCUAUUCGGCAAGGAGAUGGUGAUAGUGUAUGGCAAAGGACAGUCGCAAAUCAUUCCGAAACUACGGGGUACCUUUGAACCUCCUCCUACUGCUGCAGUCUCCAUGCCCGAGACCACAGAAUUACAGAAAUCAAUAUUCAAUGCGCCACCUUCAGCAAAUUCUAGUCACACUGUUGAGAAUGGUCUAAACCCCGCGGAGAGGACAGAUGGCGCGCCACACGGAACGAAAAGGACUCGAGACGAAGAGGAAGAGGAGGAAGAAAAUGAAGUAUCGAUGGAUGAAGACGAGGACGAUGCCCCCAUGGAGGAGGACGAGGAUGACUGA